AACUAGUAUUUGACCUCCCUGUUCUGCUUCAUGUAAUAUUGAUGUAUUUAUUGUGGAUUUCAGGCACUGGAGAAAGCGGGAAGACGACUUUUAUCAAGCAGAUGAGGAUUAUUCACGGCAAGGGCUUUUCCGAAGAAGACAGGCGUGGCUACACUAAACUGGUUUUCCAGAAUAUUUUCACAGCUAUGAAGGCUCUGACGGUGGCCAUGAACACCCUAAGGAUUCCCUAUGCUAACCCUCAAAACGAGAUAUAUGGGAAACAGUUUCAGGAAGUGGAGAUCCGUCAGAUGGCACAUUUGGACAGAAUGUAUGUGGAGGCUAUCCGCCGACUUUGGGCUGACGAGGGUAUCAAGGCCUGUUACAGUCGUCGUAGAGAGUACCAGCUUCUGGACUCCACAGAAUACUAUAUGACAAAUUUGGACCGUAUUGCGGAUCCAGACUUCAUCCCCACAGCCCAGGAUGUGCUCCGAGUCCGAUUCCCCACCACAGGCAUCCACGAUUACUCCUUAAGCGUGGAGAAAAUCACCCUCAGGAUUGUGGAUGUGGGUGGCCAGAAGUCCGAGAGGCGGAAAUGGAUCCAUUGCUUUGAGAAUGUGACAUCGCUCAUAUUUUUAGCCUCCCUCAGCGAGUACGACCAGGUGCUGGAGGAGAAUAACAAGGACAACCGCAUGAAAGAGAGCUUGUCACUCUUCUACACCACCAUCCACUCGCCGUGGUUCGCCAGCGCCUCCAUCAUCCUCUUCCUAAACAAGAUGGACAUCCUGGAGGAAAAGAUCAAGACGUCAGACCUAAAAAGUUACUUCGCAGGGUUUGACGGCAAAAAGCGAGACAAGAAUGAUGCGAUGGACUACAUCAGUGCCCUAUACCUCGAACAAGCUUUAAAUCGUCAAAAUCGAAAACAGAAAUACAUUUACAAACACUUUACCUGUGCAACCGACACCGACAACAUCCGCAAGGUCUUCGAUGACGUCAAGAGGACCGUUCUCGUCAAGGAGCUGCAGUUAUAUGGUAUGCUUUAAGAUGCAGAGCAGACUGAACUGAUUCCUGGAAAGACAAAACAAUUGUUAAGAUCACUAGAUAUGUUAUAACAUGGUUGAAUGGAUAUCUUUAUUCAUCUUAAUACAGUUGAUUUAACUUCACUGACUGAUUAAUUGCACUUACAUUUGGAAAUAUUUUGUCACAUUUUUUGCAUUUAACACUGAAAGUAAUUUCUAUAUUCUACCAAAACUGAAUUUCACAAAAUAUGAC